AUGCAACCGACCCCAGAUGCAACCGACCCCAGAUGCAACCGAUGCGAUAAGAAUUCCCCGCCGAUGGAAGUUUCGGAUGCUAAUUUAUCUCUUUUGUUUCUUUCUUGCUUUCUUUUUUUCUUCAGUAUUUUUAUCUCGUUUUCUUUCUUUCUUUCUUUCUUUUUUUCUUUCUUUCUUUCUUACUUACUUACUUCCUGUCUUUCGUAUUUCUUUAUUUCUUUUUUUCAGUAUUUCUUUCUUUCUUUCUUUGAUAUUCUCUUCUUCCAGGUUCUUUUUACUUUUUUUUUCUUCGGGAUUUUGUGCUUCCCACUUCUUUUUACUAUCUUUUGCUUUACUUUCUGUCAUUUUGUCUUUCUUUCUUUCUUUCUUUCUUUCUUUCUUUCUUUCUGCUUCUUCGACAUUCUGUUCUUCCCGUUUCAUUUUACUUUCUCCCUCUUUUCCUUCCUUCCUUCCUUUUCUUUCGUUUGUUUCUUUCUUUCUUUCUUUCUUUCUUUCUAA